AUGAGCGAUGAUGUAUUUCCAUUGCUGGAUACGUCUGAGUUAGCCAUAUGUUUACAAAGUUGUGACUUCUCACUUGCAACUGAGGAGAGCAUUUCCAGACCAACAUCAAAAUGGAUGAUAACACUGUAUAAGCAGAUCAUUGACAGUUUCAUGGGUGUAUCAGCUGAUGCUGCAAUGAUUAGAGAAGGUGGUGGACAAUCUUAUGAUGGCAAUCAAGUUGGCGCGGAACAUAGAGAUUACAAUGAAGAUGAUAGUCCUUAUUCAGAUACUCUACAGGUGUUGGUAUUGAACAAAGUUUGUUACAAAUUCUUCCAAAAUAUAGGAGUUACUGAUUUUAAUAUAUUGGAUCUUUACAAACCUGAUGCUCAGAGGACAAGAAGACUUCUGAGUGCUGUUGUAAAUUAUGCGAGAUUUCGUGAAGAAAGAAUGUUCGACUGCAACAGAUUUAUCUCACAGACAGAAGCCCUUUUGGGGCAACUACGAUCGAGGUUUGACGAUUUUAAUCUGCUUCAGCAGCAGAUAAAACAAUACGAAGAUGACGAAAAACUGGUUCGAACGGUUGUUGGUGUGAAUGAUGGAGAUGAACUUAAAGCGUUGGAGGCCAACAAUAGAAACAUAGAGGUUCAGUUGAAAAAAUUGACCCAAAUCCAGGAGACUCUUUCGAUCGACUAUAACAACUACAAAGGAGAAAAGCAGAAAUUGUUAAAGGAAUUGGAGUCGCUCGGAUUUCAAAUUGUUGAACUAGAGUCGGAAAGAGAAAAACUACAAAGGCAUUCAGAAGCUAAUAUCGAAGGUCUAGAAAAAAUUAUAGAAGAGCUUAAAGACCUGCUUCACACAAAUAAAACAAAAUUAUCUAAACUUCGCAGCCUGCAGGAAAACUUAAAUAUUUCUAAGCUCACCUUCCAACGCGUUAUUGAAGAGCUCUAUGACGUUUUGCGUAUUGUGACAAUUGAAUUACAGGAAGCUCAUAAAAAGGAACUUGGUCUUGAAGAACUCAAACAACAGCUGACUAUACGGCAAGAUAAGAUGUCUAGUUUAUUAUCCUCAGGUGUUUUAACAAAGGUGUCCCUGCUUCAAGAUCAACUGGACAGUUCGAAGACAAAGCUGGAGGAGCUCGUACAGAAGUCACGAACCGAUUAUGAACACAACUCCCUUGAAAUUAAGCAGUUGCACAGAAAAUAUUUAGAUGAAGUAGUUCCUGAGCUUCAACAGACCGAAUCGCGUAUUGAAAAUGACAUCUUAUCUGGUGAACUUAAAUACUUUGAGACAAAAAUGCAAGAUCUCCAAGCAGAAUCUCAGAAAGAAGUGGAUUCCGUUGAAUUGGAAUAUUCUCUAUUAGCAGGUCAUAUCAAUAAAUAUAUGAAAUCUAUGAUAGAAAAUAUGAGUUCAGAGUAG